ACCACUAAGGUGUUAUGGCAUGUGUUUACCUCUAAGGUGUUACGGCAUGUGUUUACCACUAAGGUGUUACGGCAUGUGUUUACCACUAAGGUGAUACGGCAUGUGUUUACCACUAAGGUAUUAAGGCAUGUGUUUACCACUAAGGUGUUACGGCAUGUGUUUACCACUAAGGUGUUACGGCAUGUGUUUACCUCUAAUCGUAAUUAUGAAACAAGUAAAUUCUCACGUAAACGUGAAGGUCAAAGAUGAAGUCAAUUAUGGAUUAUACAUCGAGUGAUUUUAUUCCACAAAUUUUAACUUUAAAUACCGUGUGAUAAAUAGACAUUAUAUUAGGGCCAGAGAAUUGAAGGAAAUUGCUUAUAUAGCAAUGUUUAAUCAUGACAGUUUGUGUAGGCAAGGCUUUUAACACCAACGAUCGGAAAAAUCCGUUUUGGAAACAUGAUCAAUUGAUAAAUGAUCUUGAUGAUGAAAAUAUGUAAAAACAAAAUCAAACUUUACAAUUUUAUUUUUCUAACUUAUUUCUCUAUGGAGGCGCGGUGGCUGAGCGGUAAAGCGCUUGACUUUCGAACCUGGUUCCGGGGUUUGAAUCCUGGUGAAGACUGGGAUUUUUAAUCGGGAUCUUCGGGCGCUUCUGAGUCCACCCAGUUCUAAUGGUACCUGACAUUAGUUGGGGAAAAGUAAAGGCGGUUGGUCGUUGUGCUGGCCACAUGACAUCCUCUUAAACCUACUUACCAGAUGGCUGUCGGUGAAGUUUAUAUUUUUUGGGAUUGUUCUGAUGCUGCAUUGUCAAGAACUUAACGCUCGCGUUACAGAGGUGAGAUGUGAUCCAGAUAUUCCUUCCAGACCUCAGCCUGAUGUCAAUGUCCACGCAAUAGCUAUGCCCCAGAGCGACAUUCACGUGACUAACUGCACUGAGGGUGAGUACCUUGACUGGUACAAGUGCUCACCUUGUCAAGAAGGAACAUUCAGAACAAAACAGAUUGCCGCACUAGAUAGAUACUCUUGGUGUCAGAGCUGUCAGGAGCCAGGUACGUACGAAAUUAUUGUAGAGCCAUGCACCAAGUCAAGAGACGCCAAAAUCAUGUGCGAGGAUGGAUUUUACCGGCUCGAAGUUCCCGAAAUGCCGUGCAAAUCUGAAUGCGUCAGAUGUGACAUCUGUGGUGUCGGAAGGAAUAUGUUUAAAAACUUCGAGGCACGUGAAUGUGGCGGCUAUAACAAUACCGCCUGCUGCGAACAUGAGGAUAUGGUUGUGAAAGAUGAACAGUGCGUCACCAUAACAACAUCGACAAGGGAAAAGACAACAAUAACAACAACAACAACAUCCUCCGUGACAGACAAUAUGGAGGGCUUCCAAGCAGGUUUUGUUGGUCAGUCUGCAAUUCACAGGAUAUCAAACUGCUUGUGGAUUAUCUGUCUAGUCACGUUUGUACUGUGUACAUAGAACUUUGGAAUUUAUCAUGAAGAGCGGAUAACUCUGUUCCCUGUACCUGAUGUACAGAGUAAACGAAGCGCUGCAAAGCUAUGUAUUUUGAAAAGUGCAUGAGAAUUGUUAGCACCCCGCGGGAACAAAUUUCAUAACUCUUCCGUAUUUGGUACAAAACAAAGUAUUACUAUGGAAGAGGUAUUAACAGUUCGCUCUAUGAAAGUGUUGCAACUAAAAAAAAUGUUGUUCAAAACCAAUAGGACAGGCUGGUAUAAUACAGACUUUAUUCAAUGAUAAACUGCUAAAAUGUGAGACUUUGAGUUGGCAGUAGUGGUCUUUCAUUUUAGAAUGCUCAGAUGUGUUUAUUUUAUAUGUUUAUUUCACUUUUCAAUUUCCUGUAUUUUUUUUCAUUUUUUUUUCGUUGGUUUCACUCUACAUUUAUCCAAAACGCUUUCUCUUUUUCUAGUCUAUGUCUGUAUUUCAUUGCUUAGAGAUUAUUAACAGAUCUUUAAAAUUGAAAUGUAAACAAAGAAUAGAUUUUUUUUUACAAACAAGCGUGGUCGAGAGGCUAAGUACGGUUGAACUUGUCUUGGCUCGAGGUUCGACUCGAGCAGAGUUGUGUUUACUGAGCGCCUAAAGGCAGCACGGAACACCUUCUCCCAGAUCCCCCCACUGGUCUACAAACGAGAUUGGACCAUAGCGCUCUGAGCAUGCUAUAAGCAUGAAGGUAGCGCUAUAUAUCUUAAUAGCAUAAAUGGGUACUUUAAAAUCAAAGUGUAUUGCUAUAGUUAAUUUCUGUGAUUAACUUUAAGAGUGAAAGCCUUUAAUUGUUUUUCAUUCUCGUCCAUGUCCAUGUGUCCACUAGUCCGAAAGAUCUAUCAAGGCCGGCCUUAGAUUUUUGGAGUCCCUAGGCGAAGUGACUUUGUUGUCUCAAAAUGAAAUAGAAAACUAAAAAAAAAUUAGCGAAAAACUAAAAUUAUGCAAUUUAUUCAAAACCUAGUCUACUCCAACAAUAAUAUUGGGAAUAAGUUUCGAGCCUUGUUUGCCUGCGGUUGGGACCUUCCGCCUAUCUAUAUAUUUAUAUACUACAUCACCUUAGCCGGGUCAGGAAAGGGAGGCCAAUGAGCCAACCUUGAAUCGUGUUUACUAUUUUUAAAAUAUCUAGUUAUUUCUAACAGUGUUAUGAAGGAGAGAAAACAGCUUGUUUACCUAACCUCAUAGAGAGAAAUAUCUAAUGUGUUCAAAUAUCUAGGUGUCAUUGUGGACUGCAAGUCUUCACGGGAAACCACCUUGCGACUCUGGCAAAGAAAAUCGCUAUUUCUUUCCUAUACAAACUCAACAGUUUUAAACUACAUAAUAAAAUCUUGGAUAUUUUUUACUGUUGGAACAAUGCAAGAUUUGCCAACAUAUGGAAUAACCUGUUGGCAAAGCAACGCUUCAUCUAAACUGUUGCGCCAGUUAGAGCAUCAAAAAUCAUACGCACAACACUACCAUAUUGUAAUGGACUUUUUGUUCAGAAAUGUCUCUCAGCGAAAUCGGAAAAAAUUCCUAAAAGACAACAGCCACCCGUUCCACCAUAACAACGUCAAGUCGUCAAUGAAAGUGAGUGACUUCUGUCAAUCAAGACUAGAACCGAACACAAAAACUCGUUCGUUCCUCACUCGGUCAGACUAUAUCAACGCCUCUCGUAGACUAGGGAACGUGAAAAGGACCAAGAUGUCUGUGUGUUGUCACUCAAUGAACUUUUUAUCUUGUGUCUGCUCUAGUUAUGUGAAUGUUUCUGUUGUGUUGUUGUCUUUAUAUGUAUGAGAAAAGAGUCCUUGUAAUCCACAACGAAUUUCCAUAAGGAUCAAUAAUCCAGUCUUAGCCUUAGUCUACUGCAAGAAAAUAAAAAUAUGUUUUUUUUAAA